AUGAUUGAUGCUCAAUUGGAUAUGAGCCAGGAGGAUCCAAUCUUUGCCGAAGCACCUUGGGCGACAUGUGAACAUUUAUGCCGUAAAAUCGCCGACAUUGUUGGUGUUUCGCUGCAAUUGCAGCGGCCGGCGAUUUUACACAAGGCAUAUUUCAUCCUUGCGGUAUGGGCCUUUUCAAAAUUCAUCAUGCUCAAGCGGGUGGCUAAGCCUAAAGAUGACAGAAGCCCACUUGACGGCUCCAACGUUAAAAAGAGCGCACACGCUGGGCGGUUCCCGGACGCUAAUCCGGGAAAAACGAUGAGACGAAGAGGUGAUAUAAGGAUCGGCACCUAA